CUUAUCAAUACUUCAAGGAUGUAUACGUAAAACCGUAUUGCAGAAUACCACCUUAUGUAAUGGGAAUGGUACUGGGAUAUGUUAUUUACAAGUAUUUUUCCAAGAGGUUUCAACUAAAAUGGGUAAGACUUUUACUGAUUAAUCGGGAAAUAGUUGAUUGUUCAGAGGCGUUUUACUUUGGGAAUAUUUGUAGAAUUUCGCGACUGACCUCUAUGCGCACGAUAACAAUGCAUACCGCGCAGAUAUAAAAAAUCAAUACGUUUGAUUCUAAUUUCCGGUUAUAGCUACUUGUGUUGUAAUUGUAUGCUUGUGUUGUAGUUGUAUGCUUGCGUUGGAGUGAGUCCAUGAAUUUAGUUUGAAAAAAUCUUCCCAAUAUAAAGAACAAUUUAUUUUUAUUCAUUUCCCCAGAAAUUCGUCCUAGCUAUGUGGAUAUUGGCAGUAUGUGUAGCACUUGUUGAUAUAUACGCUCCAUACAGCGCUGUCAAAGAAAAUCCUCGAAUUUGGACUAAAGGGGAGAGAGCUGUUUAUGGGUCAUUACGUUGGACUAUUUGGAGCUUUUCCAUCAUUUGGUUAAUUUUUGCUUGUCAUUACAACUAUGCAGGUAUGUUGCAUGGUUAUAUAAAUGUAUGUUUGUGAAGCAACGAACAAUCAAUAUACUUUCAAAGUCUACAAUGUUAAAGUAUUAAAAUUUUUCAAUUCCAAAUUAAAAUGUGCUUUAUUAAAACAUUAUUUUUCUAUAAUUUUAAUGCUCAUUUUCUGCAUGGCUAAUUAACAUUACUCAAAUAAAGACAUCAAUCGUCUCCCAUUUUCAGAUUUCUAUUUAUGCCAAUUUGUUUGGAAAAUAUACAUGCAUGCAUUAUAAAAAAGAUAUGAAGUUAGUUUUGGCACUUUUCCUUCAAAUUAGUUAUUUUUGGCAAGUUCUGGGAAAUAAAUGGUGAUGUAAAUAAUUUAGAAAACUCAUUGAUAAUUUAUACAUUAUGCAAAUCGGUGUUAUAUCACAUGAGGGUUGAGAUUUCGAUAAUCAAACUUCGAUUUCUUCGAAAUUCUUGGUUAAAAUGAACCACAUCGCGGUCAUUCCCCCAAAAUAGUUGGUAAGCUUUUCCAAUGAUUAUUUGAUACAUGACCAGUAAUCAAUGUUAAGUUAACCUGAUUUGCACUCAUUCAACAAAGUUUUCUUCAAUCUUUUUUUCUUCUUCAUUUGAUUUACUGCAACUCGCCUUGUAAAUCAAAUAAAGAUUGGCUGCUCAUGUUUAUAUAUCACCUAAAAAACUAAUAAACGUCAUGAAGAAAAUCCAAAAGAAAGGAAUGUUCAAUCAAUGUCCGUAAAUCGAAUACAGAUUUAGUCUUGAACAACACUAACUUUAUGUUCGAUUUUCUCGAUCGACUUAACGAACCAAGUUUGCCGAAAUAAUUGGUGUAUCAUGCAGAUACAGAUCAGCUUUAUAUAUUACUUUAAUUAUAUUAAACAUGAUUUACGUUUCAGGUCCAGUUAAAAUGCUCCUUGCUGCAAAGUUCUGGAUACCUUUAAGUCGGAUAAAUUACGUUGCGUUUAUUAUGCAUUAUACAAUUAUAAAGAUUUUUUCAUACAACAUUGAAGCUCCCAUUCACUACACAGGCUUUACGUUGGUAAGCAGACGAUCAUUAGGAAUUUAGGGAGCUUUAGCUACGAGUACAAGUACGACUACAAGAUUCGUUAUCCGGACACGCCCACAUAUUCUUAUGCGAUCUCCGACUAAAAAAUGACUGUAGGGCCCCUUUAACAUUCUUAGCGAUUGUUUACAUUACCAGCGGUUGCCGAACCAAUUAAGCACAUGCUUGCUACCCGUAACAUGAUUUGCAUGGGAAGUCGUCAGUAAAAUAAGCGACAUUAUCUCCAUGCAUAGUCUAAUGGGCUAUCUCCAAUUUAAAUGUGAAAAAAUAUGUUUUAAGAAUUCAACUCCCAAACCAUGUGAAGGGAGUGGAAAUAAUUUGCUAUCAGCUUCAGAAAUAGUACAGGCUACAAUAGCUAUUGACGCAAAUUCAAAAUCUAUUGGAGCAGUAUCCGCCUGAGUUGUACACCAUUUGGAGUUUGGUUGUAGGAUCUAUUUUCGUCCCCAGGCUACUAGUUUUGGGUCACUUGGUGGUCUGAAGACCCUCAUGCUUAUCUUCAUGCAUUUAAAGAUUGGCUACUUCAACAAAAAUGCGCUAAGCGUGCUCCCAUUAGGGAUCCUCAGUGUGGAGAGCAGAUAGUCAACUUGCCUUGGUCCACAACCUGACUGAACCCAGGCUUUGCAAUUUUUGGAACAUGUCCAUAUUUAAUGUUUUACUUUUGCAUAGGCUCUCCUUCAAGAAUGGGGCCCUGUUGAGGGAACCUAUCAAAUAUACACUAGCACUAU